ACAGUUCAUUUCGAACAUUUUAAACUGUUUGAUGAAUUGUCUGAAAGGAAAAAAAAAAAAACAAGCUACUCUGUUCAUACGUUUGUGAGUUACUAAUAUAUUCCAGUCAAUUUGUUGCAAAAGAUUGAGAAAGAAAGGUGGAUGCUAAGCUGACCAACACGUGGCGUUUGACAGUGAAUGAGAAGAAUUUCAUAAAAAACAACUCUGUUUUCUGAAAUAAGAAUAGAUGGUCGAAAACCAUUUGAAUUUCGUGAUAUCAUCAUUGACUUUAGCAUGCGGGUUCUUUCUUGCUUUUAUUAAUGUUUAUUUGCCUGUAAAAUUUCCUGCUUUCCUUACUUUUUCAGCUUUUGAUGUUUUUAGUUGUUUUCUUGGUUUCUUCUUCCUUUUAUUUUGCACUUCUUUUUAUCUCUCUGGGUUUCGGUUGUUCCAGUUUGUUCUUUCUCUUUGUUUUCCGCCUUGCUGCAAAGGUCAAUCGAUGGCAGCUUGUGGAAUGCUUGGAGCCAAAGCGUUGAGACUGUUAGGGAAUUAAGAUUUUUUUUGGAUGGGACUGUUGUUGAAAUAAUCUUGUCCAUGUGCCAGAGACAAGCGGUGAUAAUGUUUGCUGAACGUGACUUCUUAUGGACUGAGGGGGACCCGGGUGCAGCAGGUUACACAAUUAAAGAAGCAGUUACACCCACAAGAAGCACGCUAUUUUCUUGGUAUGAGCAUAUAUUCCUGAACCUUGGUUAUAUUUUGUCGGGAUCUCCUAUAAUUUACCAGGCCAACAACAUUCCCUCAUAUCGAUUGGCCACCCUUGAUACGAUCUCGCACUUGUCGAGGUUCCCCAGCAUCGCAGGAACACUGAAUCUGGUUGGGGAACCCUUCCAACACUUGCGGCGCUGUGGGAACACCAAAUUUCACAUUCUCGGCGAGAUUUGGCCACAAGAACGUUAGAUCUGACGUUCCAUGCUAGAUCCAACGUUCCCAAGCACCGAAAGGCCCUUCCAUCGCUUGUUGGUACUGUGGGAGCACCAGAUCUGGCGUCCCCAAGUUAGAUCUGGCCUCGAGAGCGCCAGAUCUAGCGUUCCUGUUACCGGAUCUACUCGGAGAACGUUUGUUGUCGUUCACAACUAUCGUCCGUGCUAGAGAAAAUUUAGUGAGAGAAGGUUGGGUAGAGAGAUAAAAAAAUAGUUAAG